AUGCCUGAUGGUAUCAUCAUUCGUACACCACCGCCAACAAACCCUUCACCUCCGAUGGUGAACCCUUCAUCAGCAUCAAUCUGCUGCAGACACAUUAGAACGAACACGAACCCUAUUUUCAUGGAUGAGCUUCCCUUUGUCCAAUUCAGUUUCGCGCUCAACAUGGAAGCGAGAUUUCCUUCAGCCAUCUCCGAAAGCGGCAGUUCCCGACCCUUCAUUCUACCCCAAGGCAUUUGCUCUAGUAUUUUUGACCAAUUUAUAACACGAACGAGUGGAGCAGAACCUUCAGAUUCUUUCACUCAGACUGUUAAAGCCUUAAUGCCAGAGGGCGUCUUCUCCAGUCAUCCCAUGAGUCUGCCGAUGGAAGUGUCACCAGGGCAUCCAUCAUUAACCGUCAACUUCCUCACUUUGACCAUAUUCUUGGCGUCAAAUAAGCUUCUGGAGCCAACCGCGAAUGUUAGUAAGAAGAUCUAUGAAUGGCUAAAACGCGGAUCGAAUGCCGGUCUUAUGGAGCACCUUUUGUCAACCGGUGGACCUACGGCUCAGGCGCUUGCUGAGAAUCUCUUCAGACUCGCUAUCGAUGAUGACGACCCUCGUACAGUCAAGAAAAUGAUGGAGUUAGGUGUCGACCCAAACCAACAGAUAUACCGCACUGUAUGUGGUUCAAUUAUCACACCAUUCCAACGCGCUUGUCAAAUGCGCAGCGUAGGACUUGUUCGAGUAUUGAUAGAUGCAGGAGCAGAUGUCGAAGGCACAGAAUCUCAUGGAUGGUCUGCACUAACGUGUGCUUUGGAGUACUUCGAAGACGAUGAUGACCCUUGCCCCGCCGAACUAGUACGACUUUUGUUAGGUGCUGGAACAAAGGUCAACCCCAGAGAUGGACGAUCCCCACUGGGCAUAGCCGCAAAGUCAGGUUCAGUCGAGACUGUUGCUCUUCUUAUUGUUGCAGGUGCCGAGGUAAACUUACCAGAUGGGCGACUCGGCACUACUCCUCUCAUGAAAGCUCUGCAGAGCGAAUGGUUCAUUUCUGAUGACAUUGUCAUCGCUAUUGUAAUGAAACUUCUCGACGCCGGGGCCGAUCCGAAAGCAACAGCCUGCUAUGGUGGCAAAUUUAUGACGGCCUUGGAAGCUGCACUACUCAGAGACAGCAAUGAAUUAGUGCAGCUACUCUUGGAUCGCGGAGCGCAUAUUCAAGAAUCCGCGUUCCUCAUGGUUGUCACAGCUUUGGACUUGGAUACUGUCAAAUUACUCCUCAAUUCUGGCGCUCGAGUCACGCAGAGAGCGAUUGAAAUUGCAGCUCAAGCUGGCGACUGUGAGCUAGUUCUCUUCCUUCUCGAAUCCGCAGAAGAGAGCAUCAAAGAGAGAAUUAUCAGCGCUGCAAUGAUCAAGGCUAUCCACUACGGCUUCACGGACGUACUUGAUGCGUUAGAUGCGUCUGAUGUUGAGUUGAUGGUUUCAGAUGAACUGCCUACUGCUAUUACGGCUGCUGCUGAUAGGGGAGACACUCCUAUACUUCGCUUGCUUCUUAGCAAAAACUCAAGGCAUCGAGCAAUUGUCAGUCAAUUUCUGGGCGACUCGCUGUCCUGUGCCAUCCUCAGAGGCCACAAUGAUAUCACGGAAAUGCUUCUUGCGGCUGGCGCAGAUGUGAGCCCCAGGCUUCGUGCCGAGCGUGGAUGGCCGCUUCUGGAGGCAAUACACCGGAAAGACUUGGAUCUUACAAGAAAGCUCUUGGCUGCGGGCGCCGCAGUGAAUGCAGUAAGUCGCAGCGGUCGCUUGGGGACAUCGCCCUUAAUCCGGAGUAUCAUCAAUGCAGGAGCUUGGGUUAAUGCAGUGGAACGCGGAAGAUGGAAAACAGCACUCACUUUGGCUGUCGAGAAGGGAGAUGCAAAAACCACUCAACUCUUGAUAGAUGCGGGUGCCGAUGUCAAUUUCCCAUGUUUCGGACCUACACCCCUUGAAGCCGCAAUAAAAAAUAAGGACAAUGACAUGGUUGAAUACCUACUUGGUAGGGGUGCAGAUCCAGAUGAAGAUUCGCUCAGUGCAGCUGUCUCCGGGAGCGUGGAGCUGGCACGGUUAAUUUUAUCAGCGUUUUCAAAACAAGACGGGCGUUUACCAAAGCAAUUUGGUUGUCACGCACUGGGACUUGCUAUCCGAUCGAAAAAUGCUGCAAUGAUUGAAUUUCUUCUUGCAAAUGGGGUAGACCCAAGCACGCCCGUACCUUGGAAACAUGGCAGGCAUAUAGGGCUCGACGCCAAAGAAGAUUCUGCUCUUGGAACUGCCAUAAAGACGGACAGAAGCGCUGACCUGUGGAUUGUGCAGAUGCUUUUGCGUUGGGGUGCAGAUCCCAACAGCAUCGUGAACAAUUUCCUAAUUUCUACGCCUCUCUCCGCAGCUAUCGCAGAGCGAAACCUGGCAAUGGUCAAUAUUUUGAUCGAAGCAGGAGGGAACGUGAACGCAAGCAUAACUGCUGCUUUGUGGGAGACACCUUUACAGCUGGCAGUCGAAAAAGGAUGCAUGAAUAUUAUUCAAGUACUCUUGCAACAUGGUGCUGAUGUGAAUGCGAGUGUAGCUGAUGGUUUGAUGGGGACACCUUUACAGUUGGCAAUUGAGGAAGGACGUAUAGAUAUUGUUCAAGUGCUCUUGCAGCAUGGCGCUGAUGUGAAUGUGAGUGUAGUUGUUACUUCGACACACACCCCUUUGCAGCUGGCAGUCGAGAGGGGACGUAUGGAUAUUGUCCAAGUACUCUUGGAGCAUGGCGCUGACGUGAAUGCACCACCAUACGAUAGAUAUGGGGCAACUGCACUCCAAUUCGCCGCAAUUGGUGGAUAUGUUGGGCUUGCUUAUCUCCUUAUGGAGAAAGAAGCUGAUGUGAAUGCUCCACCUGCGAGGACAGAAGGAAGAACGGCACUAGAAGGAGCGGCCGAGCACGGCCGCAUCGACAUGUUGCAACUCCUGCUCAAGGCCGGAGCGCAAGUCAUAGGAUCUGGAGGUGAGCAGUUCGAACGGGCAAAGAAUUUUCGCUUCCAAGAACGGUCACAUUGCUGCAAGACGAAUCCUGGAAUCACAUUACACCCAAUUUUGGGAAGGCUUUGA